UUGAAUCUCACGAAUUACGUAUUAUAAUUUUGUUAACGCUUCAAAGUUUACUUGAUGUCGAUACCUAGAAGAAACAAGCGCAAGGAAACAUGUUCGCCGGAACCGCAAACGCAACCACCAUCGGAGAAUCCUUCUUCUUCUUCUUUGGCAGCUGAUAACAUGCCUCCUCCAUCGACGCUAGCUUACCUUUUACCGCCAGGUUAUCAAUUUGUACCAAGCGAUGAACAACUCAUCUUUUGUUACUUGAAACCCUACUUGGACGGCUACAAAAAUGUAUUGCUCAAUGUUCCUAUUCAUCUCGUGAAUAUCUAUGAGUCGAAUCCAGAACAACUUUCAGUGGGAUUCGAGAAGGGUAAUGAGAAAGAAUGGUUCAUUAUAUCAGAGAGGACCAAAGUUGAUCAAGGUUUAAGCAAGAAAAAGAGAGUUGGUAAUGGUGCGACAAAGCAGAAACGUGGCGACACUAAAGGAGGAUAUUGGCACGCAACAGGGGCUGCCCAGGAGAUCAACACUGGAGAAUGUGUCGUUGGCUACAAAACGGCACUUGCAUACUUUGUUAGGACACGGUCUGGCAGCGUCAAAACGGAUUGGUUAAUGAUUGAAUACUCGUUGCAUCACACUUGUCACAACAACGACAAGGAUUAUACUUUGUGCAAGAUCUAUAUGACUCCACAAGCUAUAAAGAAGACGAAAGAAGUGGAAGAAGAGAAUAAGAAGCAGAAGAAAGGAGAAGGCGUUACAUGUGGAAGCAUUAAUGAAAGUAAAACUGCAAUUGCACAUGUGGAAGCAUUGGAACAGCAGCAGCCUCGUAAUGUCGAGUAUCAUCAACCGCAUCAAUUGCAAGGCCCGCUAGAUUCUUAUCAACCGCAGCCAGCUCAUGAUGUUGUGUAUCAACAACCGCAACAGUUUUCGCAAGCCCCCAUAGAUUCUUAUCAACAGCAGCCAUCUCAUGAUGUUGUGUAUCAACAACCGCAUACUCCGCUGCUUUUGCCAGAUCUUGUCUCUUUUGAAAGAUCAGGGAUGGCAAUGACGGGCUGGAGCAACGACAAGACAGGGAUGGCAAUGACGGGCUGGAGCAACGACAAGAGCACCCAAGAAGACUUGUUGGAUAUGUCUAAAGAUGACAGGUUCUUUAGCAUGGAUGAAUUAUUCAAUAAUGUGGAAGAACAUGGUACUGUCGUCACUCAACAGCAACAACAACAACAGCAGCAGCUAAGUACACCGAUUCUUGCUUCUGGGCAAGGUCAGGAUUCAGGAUCCGGGAUGGUGACGAGCAACGACAACAACUUUCAAGAAGACUACUGGUUGGAUAUAUGUAAUGGCGUGUACAUUGACAUCGAUGCAUUAUUGAAUGAUGUAAAGACAGGCCAUGCCAUCUCUCUAUUAGAGAGAAGGAAUUGUUAGAGAGAAGGAAGAGCAGAUCACAACAAACUAUUUACAAAUAC